GUUGACAUGUGUGGAUUACACGCCAAGAAGAUGCUGGUGACGGCCGUGGUUUUGGCAGCGGCGGUGGCGGCGGUCGGGUCAUCCCCCGUGGUGGGCCCCGAGCCAAUUCGCUGCGCCCCCUGCACGGAAGAGAAGCUGAGCGAGUGUCCGGCCGUGCCGAGCGGCUGCGGGCAGGUGCUCAGGGAGCCGGGCUGCGGCUGCUGCAUGGCCUGCGCCCUAGAAAGGGGGAACCCCUGCGGGGUCCACACGGCCCACUGCGCCAGCGGACUGCGCUGCAUGCCCAGGCCCGGCGACGCCCGGCCUCUCCACGCCCUCACCCGGGGCCAGGGGCUCUGCACCGAAGACCAAGAGGAAGCUGAAGAGGAAGCAGACCGCAGCUCCCUGCAGGACAUGCUGGGCUUGCCCAACCAAGAAGCCGCCGACACCCAGGAGAGCAUCAAGGCCAAAGUGAACGCCAUCAGGAACAAACUGCUGCAGCAGGGGCCUUGUCACAUCGAGCUGGGCGCCGCCUUGGACGCCAUCGCCAGCUCACAGCAGAACCUUGGUGAGAAGUUCACCACCUUCUACCUCCCCAAUUGCGACAAGCACGGCUUCUACAAAGCCAAGCAGUGUGAGUCAUCUCUGGCGGGACCACCCGCUCGCUGCUGGUGCGUGUCGGCUUGGAACGGCAAGAUCCUCCUCGGGACCGGCCACAUCACCGGCGACGCCGAGUGCCACCAGGAAGUCACUCACUGAAGUAGGAAACGAGCCCCAAACACUCGUGAGGACACUUUGGUCCCUUCAUGAAAAGUUGUAAAUUAUUUUAUUUAUUCACGGCAAGUCUCUCUUUUUUUUUUUUUAAAACUGUUUUCACAUCUUUUUUUUGCUGUCUUCAAUUGUAAAUAGGGCAACACUGUAUACAUUUGUAUUUCUGACUAAAUAACUCCAUUCCUCCAAAACCACAACCCUGCAACCACUGCCAAGCCCCAUUUCAGGGCCUUUUUUUUUUUUUUUUUUUUUUUACAAUUCAUUCACAUCAACACAGCGGCUCAUUCAUGCAACAUGUUGACAUUGUCUACACGCAUCUUCAUUUCCUCAAUAGGGGAUACUUAAAGUGCCGCAAGUAUGUGUAUGCUGGUCAAGCACAAACAUAUCAGAGCUCAUCCAAGCUUCUACAUUUGUCUACCUCUGCAGUUACCCUCCUUUUUUUUUUUUUUAUCCACAGCGUUACUGCUUUUUUUGUCAUUCUAUCAUUUAUUCAAAUAUUUAUUAUGCAAUAUUGCAAUGUUUAUUCUUUUGUAAUCGAGGACUCGUGUCCAGCAGUUACUGUAUAUUCUGUUAUUUAUGUAUAUAUGUCAAAUAUCCAGUUCUGCGCAAAAGUUGUUUUUGCCGUAUUGUCAAAACAACAUAUGUAUUAUAGAAUCAGAAAAGACAUGAUUAAAAAGUAGAAAGUA